AUGGAAAAAGGAAAUGAUACACAAAUUUCAGCAUUUCUUCUUCUGGGAUUAUCAGAGGAACCAGAAAUACAGCCCCUUCUAUUUGGGCUUUUCCUCUCCAUGUACCUCAUCACUGUGUUUGGAAACCUGCUCCUCAUCCUGGCCAUCAGCUCUGACUCUCAUCUCCACACUCCUAUGUACUUCUUCCUUGCCAACCUGUCCUUUGUAGACAUCUGUUUCACCUCCACCACCGUCCCCAAGAUGCUUCAGAACAUCCAGACUCACAGCAAAGUCAUUACCUAUGCAGGCUGCAUCACACAGAUGUACUUUUUCAUACUCUUUGUUGUAUUGGAUGCCUUUCUCCUGACUGUGAUGGCCUAUGACCGGUAUGUGGCCAUCUGUCAACCACUGCACUACAUGGUCAUUAUGAAAACCCAGCUGUGUGCACUGCUGGUUCUGCUGUCCUGGAUUGUGAGUGUCUUGUAUUCCUUGUUACAAACCUCCAUGGUGUUGCGGCUGUCCUUCUGUACAGAGAUGGCAAUCCCUCACUUUUUCUGUGAACUCAAUCAAGUGAUCCAACUUGCCUGUUCUGAUACCUUUCUCAGUAACAUGGUGAUGUAUUUUGCAGCUAUGUUUAUGGCUACUGGUACCUUCUUUGGGAUCCUUUACUCUUACUCUAAGAUUGCUUCCUCCAUACAUAGAAUAUCAUCAGCCCUGGGCAAAUCCAAAGCAUUUUCCACCUGUGCAUCUCACCUCUCAGUUGUCUCCUUAUUUUUUUGUACAAGUUUAGGAGUGUACCUUAGCUCUGCUGCUCCCCAGAGCUCUCACUCAACUGCAGUGGCCUCUGUGAUGUACACAGUUGUCACACCCAUGCUGAACCCCUUCAUCUAUAGUCUGAGGAACAAAGACAUAAAAAAGGCUCUGAUGAGAUUCUCUGGGAUGGCAGGUCUAAAAGUGACAACAAUCCUGGAGUUGAAGAACCACCCAUGA